AUGAAGUCUUUCAUCACCAUCAUCACUCUCCUUACCGCAUUCGUAGGUGCCACUCCGGCCGCGUCCUCUCAGACCAAGGCUUGCACGCGCCCUUGUUUCCCGGAAGCGACAGAGUGUGGUGAGGGCUGGGAACCUGUUCACUCUGGUGAAUGUUGGUUCUGCUGCGAAGUCUAG